AUGAAAAUAGGAUUUUAAAGCUAAAUUUUCCAAUAAAAUGAAUAAUAAUAAUAAUAAUUGCUUGCACAUUAAAAAAUAUAAUAAUUAAUUGAAAGGACUCAACUAUAAAAUGUUUACCAAAGUUAAUAAUAUAAUUUAUAGAAAAAUAAAGAAUUUUUAGAUCAAAUUGAAUUUAAUGUAGAUUAUAAAGGAGAUAUUCUACUUAAGUUAAACCAAUAAAAUUCUUAAAGUUUUAACUUUGAUGAUGAAAUUUAUAAGAUUCAAGAUAUUUUGGUGUAAUAAAAUAGGUUUUAAUAUAAUUAUUAACACAUUUCUUUUACUAAUAAAUUCAAACUAUCAAUUAAUAAUAUUAUCCAUCUGAUAUUGAUACUUCAACAAUACGAAUAAUUAUUAAUGCAGAUUUUGGUUUUACUCAAAUUCAUAGAAAUAGAGAGGCUUUGA